CCCGUCUCAUUCCGGCACAGGAGCGUAGCUUUCUCUGCAGCCCACACCAAUCAUUCCACAGCAACAUUUACAACUCGCUGCCGGGAGUAGGGGGGGAAAAAAAGGAAAGAAACAGCCCCACGACGACUCAUAGAUACUGAUUUCCAAAGCAAAAGGGAAAUCAAACAAACCCACAACAGAUAGCUCUCCAGCGCGGCAGCGAUUUCCUUUUGCAUGAUGUUCUUAAGGUAGCAGGGCAAUUUUUAUUUUAUUUUUUCAUCAUUCCGUAAAAGCAGCCGGGGGAACCACCAGUUCUGAUGCUUUGUCUCUUUUGUAUUGGCUGCUGGGGAUGAGCCUGGGUUUGACCUGACCAUGAUUCCGAGGACUGGCACUUCUUAUUUUUUACCCCCAAUUUGUAGACAUCCAGAUCUCCUCUUUUUGAUUGUCAAGAAAAUCAAAUUAUUGCUGGAUUUGGGAAUCUAGACAGCACAAGGUACUUCCCCCUGCUUCUCUCUGGAAUCGUUUCUGGGAUAUUUUCCAUAAUCAUCACACAAAACAGGAGGAAUGAACGGGAAGCUAGUGAAAAUUUUGACAGCCUUGUUUGCAUUUUUCUUAGAGACAAACCACUUCAGGGCGGCUUUCUGUAAAGAACAUGAUUCCAGAUCUGGAAAAUCCCCCUCACAGACCCUGUCUCCUUCAGAUUUUUUGGACAAAUUGAUGGGAAGGACAUCAGGAUAUGAUGCAAGAAUCAGACCAAAUUUUAAAGUUUUGGAUCAGUCACAGAAACCACAAUGGUCCUCCUGUAAAUGUUACCUGCAACAUAUUUAUCAACAGCUUUGGUUCAAUAGCAGAAACUACAAUGGACUACAGAGUGAACAUCUUUUUGAGACAGCAGUGGAACGACUCACGCCUGGCUUACAGUGAAUACCCCGAUGACUCCUUGGAUUUGGAUCCAUCUAUGUUGGACUCUAUUUGGAAGCCUGAUUUAUUCUUUGCCAAUGAGAAAGGUGCAAACUUCCAUGAUGUUACAACAGACAACAAGUUGCUGAGGAUUUCUAAGACUGGGAAAGUGCUAUACAGUAUCAGGCUAACAUUAACCUUAUCGUGUCCAAUGGACUUGAAGAAUUUUCCGAUGGAUGUGCAGACUUGUACAAUGCAACUAGAAAGCUUUGGGUACACUAUGAAUGAUCUGAUAUUUGAGUGGCUAAGUGAUGGUCCAGUGCAAGUUGCCGAAGGCUUAACCCUGCCACAAUUUAUUUUGAAAGAAGACAAGGAACUUGGUUAUUGCACAAAACACUACAACACCGGAAAGUUUACAUGCAUUGAAGUCAAGUUUCAUUUGGAACGUCAGAUGGGAUACUAUUUAAUCCAGAUGUACAUUCCUAGCCUGCUGAUCGUCAUUUUGUCCUGGGUUUCUUUCUGGAUCAACAUGGAUGCUGCUCCAGCCAGAGUCGCUUUGGGCAUCACUACAGUCUUGACAAUGACUACACAGAGUUCAGGAUCCAGAGCUUCUCUUCCAAAAGUCUCCUAUGUAAAAGCUAUUGACAUCUGGAUGGCUGUGUGCCUUCUCUUUGUGUUUGCUGCAUUACUGGAAUAUGCAGCAGUCAACUUUGUUUCAAGGCAGCACAAGGAGUUUCUGAGGCUUAGAAGAAGACAAAAGAGACAAAACAAGGAAGAUGACGUUACCCGUGACAGUCGCUUCAAUUUCAGUGGUUACGGGAUGGGACACUGUCUCCAGGUCAAAGACGGCACCGCAGUCAAGGCCACUCCUCCAAACCCCCCUCUGGCGCCACCAAAGGAUUCAGAGUCCAUCAGAAAGAAGUUUGUUGACCGUGCAAAAAGGAUUGAUACAAUAUCCCGAGCUGCGUUCCCACUAGCCUUCCUCAUUUUCAAUAUCUUUUACUGGAUUACGUACAAAAUUAUACGGCAUGAGGAUAUUCACAAGAAAUAGGCAACUCUCUGGGGGUGCUGGGACCUUGUAGCCAAAGCGAUUUGCUUGUAAAUAAACAGUGAAAUGUCUUUCUGUCAUUUGGACUGAGGAUUUUUUUUCACCCAUGCUACUGAAGAGAAUAAGACAAAAAAAUGGAACGGAAGCAAAAGCAUAGGAAAAAAGUGAUUGACAGCAAAAACAAGAUGCCGUGGGACCAUGCAAUACGGAUCCCCUUACGUACACUCAGUAUUGUUCUUCCAGAUUCUGCAUUGAUCAGACGCUCUUAAACAGGGCCAAAUUUUACUCAACAAUGUCACUAAGAUAUUGAAAAAAAUAAAAACAACCGACCAACCUAAAACACCUACUAUGGGACUGUACUGGCUACAGUACAGUGAGUUAUAAGAGGACCAAACUUAUUCAGGAUAAUGCUGCCUUUCUAUUUGAAACAAGUCUACUGAGCUACAUUCCAUUAAAAUGUCUGUAGUUAGCAGUUCACCAAGAAGUCCUUUUGUGCGUUGUAACUUAUUUCUACUAACAGGGAAAAAUGAUUUAUACUUUAAUAUCCUUGUGGGUGUGCAUUUUAAUAUUAUCUUGCUUUAUUAGAAUUGUAAUUUUGGGGUCAAACUUGUGUAUUGUGCUAUUUAUUUGAUAGCUGACACUCAUAGAAACCAGUUAAACUGCCCAUUUUAUUUUUGUUCUAAGAGAGUGCACUUAUUUCAUUUCAUUUCUGCUGUUUUUACAUGCAACUUGAGGUGCCAAACUGUAUUUUACCUGUUGUGCUACCCUGUACCACACUAUUUAUUAAGAACUUGUUUCCUGGCUGGUGUAGCUCAGUUUAGCAUUGACUUUCUAUUUCUUUCUAUUACUGCUCUCAUUGUAGCUGCAAUUGAUAGCUCUGUAGGUAAACACAACUUGUUUACAGACCUCUAAUUUAUAUCUUUACUCGAAGUGGCGAUCAUUUUAAAUAUCAUUGACUAACCUAAGAAUUUUAAAACUGUACUGUGAUUUUCAUAACCUGUUACCUUUUGGUGCCAGAGCUACGUGGUUCAAAUCCUUGCUACAUGUUUUAAAGUAGAAAAAAAUAAAAAUUGAAAUAAAAAAAAGGUAUUUUUGCUUACACAGAAAAAGAAACUAAGAUAAAACAUAACAAGAUCAUUAAAAAUUUUACACUUGCUGUAAAAGCAUUUAUUAAAAAAGUUAUUUGUUCAAUUUCAAUAAAGCUAAGUGUGCUACUAAU